AUGAAGCAUUUUAUUAUGUUUGGCAGGGAAACAGAGGACAACCAGCUAAGUAUUACUGGCAACAUGUUACCUAAAGUAGAUCUAGAAAUAGCAACAGAUGUUUUCAAAUGUUUUCAAGACAGUAUGGAAAACUUCACUGAUUUCACUGUCUUGGUUGGCGUCACCAAGUUUAACUGCCACCGGAUCUUUCUCAGUUCCUGCUCUGGUUUCUUUGAGGCUCUUAUGAGGACAGAUAUGAGGGAAAAAUCUGAAUCAAGUUGUACCAUAGAGGGCAUUUCACCAGAUAUAUUUGGACUCAUUCUAGAUGUUAUUUAUAAAGGGAGAAACGUCUUAAGUGAAGAAAAUAUGUUGGAAUUGUGGAUGGCAGCAAAUCAACUACAGAUUCAAUUUUUAAUAACAGCCUGUGAAAAGUUUGUCACAAAACAUGUUACGCCUCAAAAUUAUAAGUUUGUUUUAAAUAACGCAGAACUGUUACAUUCGUCAACUAUUAUUAUGGAGGUUAAGAAUGUACUCGCUAGAUCCUAUUUUGAUUUGGUAUGCUCUGAUAAUUUCAUGCAGGUAUCUUUAAAAGAACUGCUAGAAAUUCUUCGGAACAACAACUUGAGUGUAUGCCCUGACUUUUGCGUCUAUUCUGUGUUGAAGUGGGCGAGUGCAGAUGAUUACUCCAAUAAGCCCGACGAACUGUUAAUUGUUCAAAACGGGCGUAGUGUAUGGUCAAAUAAGGGUGAUUACCAUGAAGAUGCAGAAAGUAUAAAGCACCGUAGAUCCUGCUUAAACAAUUUACUGGAUGCUAUUCAAUUAAAUCGCGUCAGCAAAGAAUGCCUCUCUCUGCUCAUAAUUAACAAGUAUAUUAUCGAAAAUAAAGAUGCGAUAUUUAAGGUAAACCUCAUUGCGGCAGAUAGGAUAAUGAAUAACGAUGUAUGGUAUCAAAACACAAGAGGAACAUGUAAACACUGUUUUCUACACUAA